AUGAUCGAUAAGAUCAUAGAGCUGACACUAGAAUUACUGCAAUGCAUCGUUGAGCAAAUUUGGUACCAUCGUUCAGUUUACCCUCCAGAGUCGUUUGAAAAUGCUCGCUGCUUUCAGCUCCCUGUUCACAUGUCUCGCCAUCCGGAUGUCAAACGGUAUCUAGCUGACCUCACUUUUAAGAUUAAAAGCUUCCUAGAGCAAGGUAAGCUCAACAGACUUUUUGUCGAGAUAUAUCCACCUGACUCAGCUGUGAGGAUUGAAACUUACGGAUUCAGCUUGACUAACUCCCCACUUCUGGAGGCACUGAGAGCCGAUGUCGAACUCUCUGAGGAAUUCAAGCUGAAUGUGCUAUACGCUGAGUACCAGGCGUUUCUGUACUCAGUGAUCAACCAACUGGAAACGGCAACCAAUCUGACUCCGCCGUCGUCGUUCAAAAUAUUGGUUUCAACAGACAACUCUGAGUUUAAUAGUAUGCUAUCACAGGACUGGAUUUUGCACAGAACGCAGAUGGCAACAAACUCGCAUUCUUCAGAAUCAACAACAGCAAGAAUCAAUGACUUUAGACAGGUUUCGCUGCCAUAUCUGAAUAUCAAGGGCUAUAGAGCCGAGCAUUUACCAUGUUAA